UGUAAGCGGUGGUAAUGGUCUUCCGUCGCGUGAUUCGCCAUCCUGAUUUAACCUGAUCGCCGCUUUUAAAAACUUACCGUCCCAAUGAGGUGACGAGGUGUUGAGGGCGCGGAUUAAAAAAAUCACUCGGAUUUUUGUGUAAAGCGGCCUGUUCUGUGUGCAAACAUGUGUCCCUCUUGUUUCUAAUGAAUCUGUUUACCGUGUGCGAAAAUGGCCCAGGAGACUGACGAUAUCAACUUGACUCCUCAAGAAUUACAGAUACUAUCCGAGUUAGACAGCCGGCAGUUUGGAUUCUUGAAACUGAAUUCAACGGAGCAAACAAAAAAAAAGGCUUUAGUUGUUCGUGCAAUCAAAUAUUUAGAAAGGAUGUUGGUUCAAGCGCAAGCUGAAAAACAACGUAGAAAAGCAGAUAGUACGAAAAUGAAUCCUGAUGAAUUAAAAGAGGAUGAAGAAGAUAAAGGGAUCAGUAUAGAUCCUAAAACAUAUUGUAAAUUAGGACAUUUUCAUUUACUUUUAGAAGAUUAUAGCAAAGCUAUGUCAGCAUAUCAAAAAUUUUAUUCUCUCAAAGGGGAUUAUUGGAAAGAUGCCUCAUUUUUAUAUGGACAAGGACUUGUCUAUUAUCAUUUCAACGCUUUUCAAUGGGCCGUGAAAGCAUUCCAGCAGGUGCUAUGGGUGGAGCCAGGAUUUCCACGGGCCUGCGAGGUUCACCUACGGCUCGGCUUGAUGCUGAAGGUCCACGCUGACUUCGACGCCGCCCUCAAGCACCUGACACUCGCUCUGAUCGAUGCCACGACACCUGCUUCCUUCUCCAAGCUCGAAAUAAAAUUUCACAUAGCCCACCUGUACGAAGUCCAAGGAAAAUAUCGCCUAGCCAAGGAGCAUUACGAGGCAUUGCUCAAAGAGAAAACUCUGCCCUCUCAUUUGAAGGCUGACAUUUGCCGCCAAUUAGGAUGGAUGUACCACGUGGUUGACUGCACCGUGCUGGGCAUAACGAGACAGCAGAAGCAAGCAAUAGCUAUUCACUGCCUUCAAAAGUCUAUUGAGGCGGAACCGAAGAGUGGCCAAAGCCUUUACCUGCUGGGACGGUGCCUCGCUGCUUCUGGAAAAGUUCAUGAUGCAUUUAUCGCUUACAGAAACUCCGUGGAAAAAUCCGAAGGCAAUGCUGACACAUGGUGCAGCAUAGGCGUUCUGUACCAGCAGCAGAACCAGCCUAUGGACGCUUUGCAAGCCUAUAUAUGCGCAGUACAGUUAGAUAAAUCUCACUCGGCUGCGUGGACUAAUCUGGGCAUUUUGUACGAAAGCGUUAGCCAGCCUAAAGACGCACUAGCUUGUUACGUCAACGCAUCCAGAGGUAACAAUAAUACACCAAAUUGCACGGGCUCACUGGCGGGCCUGGGUGGCGCUAAGUCCGGUGGUAACACCCCGAUGAACCCAUCUCUUCAACAGAGGAUAAACUUCCUGCAGAGUCACUUGAGCCAAGCACCGAUGCCUUCCGUCGCCACCAAGAGGCGGCAAUUGCCGUCUAUAGAAGAGGCUUGGAACUUACCCAUCAGCGCUGAGAUGUCUAGCAGGCAACAACAACAACAACAACCUUCAAGUGGCCCAGGUUACAAAUAUGGUAAUACACCUUCUGGCCCUCCACCUCCUUAUCCGCAAGGGCAAGGACAGAAUCUUAAUACAAAAAGAUUUAAACCGGGGGAAGAACCAGUAUCACCUGGGUCACAACAAAGGCCACCACCAUUUUAUCUUUCAUCACAACAGUUACAAAUGCUACAAUUUCUUCAACAAAAUCAUGGAAGUUUAACGCCACAGCAGCAGGGUCUGUUUGCUCAAUUGCAGCAUCAAUACAGAUCUAUGCAACAGCACCAGCAGCAACUUAGGCUGCAGCAACAACAAGCUGCACAAAGAGGUUUAAGGCCUGGACAACCUGGUUAUCCUACUGGAUAUAAUCAUACACAGUUAGGACAACCUGGUGUCAUUAAGAAUUAUGGAAUACCUCAACAACCGUUGCAACAAGGUGGAACUGUUGCAUUACAGACAGGAUUCUCGGACUCCAAUGUUGGUUAUAACACCGCAGCAACCGGAAAUAGUCAAACACCAGGAAUGCCUUACAAAUCUGCCUCUGACCCGAAUUUUCCUCAGAGACAAAUGGCAUCUGGUCAGUACAACCAAUACCAGCCUAAUCAAUACACCGCUCAGGGUUACACACAGAUUUCAUCAACAACGAGUAACUAUCCGGAAGGUUCUGCAGGGAACAAAGAUUUGGGAGUUACGGAUCAAGAACUACAGGCACUGUUAUCACAGAAGGAUAUUGCAACGUCGUUGGCGGAAGAUCUUUUGAAACACUUUGGUUCUGAAGAUUUGGACGUGAAGGAGGAGGCGCCAAGUAUCAUGAAUAAUGGUACUUUAAGCUCGGGUCCAUUCUCACCGUCGAACUUGGAAGAAAAUACCGAGAAAGUCAAGGAAGUGAAACUGGAGAAAGUGGAGGAUACCCAACCAUCGUCCACAUCAAAAUUGGAAACAUACGAGAAAAGUAACACGAAGACACCAACUCCCGUAGAAACUGUGAAAUGUGAAGCGACGUCUAGUACAAAUAAAAUAGAAUCGGUUGCUCGGGUUGAGCCGGUGCUCAAAUUGGAAAGUUUAUGCGAGUCUCAACCUGAGCAGAAGCUUAGUAUAGACAUGGACGCUAAAACUAUUAUCGAGGCGUGCAAGGGUCAAGGACUAAAAGGUGUACCGAAUUGUUCCAUUUUAAGCGAUCGUUCGCCUCCACCGGCGCCACCGGAUCCACCAAGUCAGAGGUUAACCAAGGAACAGCUCUUACCGCAAACUCCUAGCGUUUACUUAGAGAAUAAAAAAGAUGCGUUUGGCCCACAGCUGCAAGAAUUUUGUUUAAAGCAUCCAAUAGCUGUGAUUCGUGGUCUAGCAGCUGCUCUGAAAUUAGAUCUGGGUUUGUUCUCGACGAAGACGUUAGUAGAAGCCAACCCUGAUCACGGUAUUGAAGUCCGAACGCAGAUGCAGCAAACUAGCGACGAGAAUUGGGAUCCCGUGAUGGGAAGAAAAGUUUGGGGCUGCAUAAGUCAUAGGAGUCAUACGACCAUUGCGAAGUACGCACAGUACCAGGCUUCAAGCUUUCAGGAAAGCUUGAAGGAAGAGAGGGAGAAAGCUCAGGGUAUACAUACCUCAAAUUUAUCUGACUCGGACUCUAAGGACAGUACUGGUGCUGUCAGGAGAAAGAAGAAUGCUUUUGGAUUGGCUGGUCGGCCGGGAGCAAAAAUGUUGCGAUUUGGGACCAAUGUAGAUUUAUCGGAUGAAAGAAAAUGGAAGCCUCAACUGCAAGAAUUGAUGAAGCUACCAGCAUUUGCUAGAGUUGUAUCGGCUGGAAAUAUGCUGAGCCAUGUUGGUCAUGUUAUUUUGGGAAUGAAUACUGUUCAGUUAUACAUGAAGGUACCUGGUAGCAGAACACCUGGCCAUCAAGAGAAUAAUAACUUCUGCUCCAUUAAUAUCAACAUCGGGCCUGGAGAGUGUGAAUGGUUUGCAGUGCCUGAUGCAUAUUGGGGUGUAAUUUGUGCUCUUUGCGAGAGGAAUAACAUCAAUUACCUUCAUGGUAGUUGGUGGCCUUCUUUAGAAGAUCUGUAUGAGGAAAAUAUUCCUGUAUAUAGGUUUCUACAAAGGCCUGGUGACCUUGUCUGGGUUAAUGCAGGUUGUGUACAUUGGGUUCAAGCUGUCGGUUGGUGUAACAAUAUUGCCUGGAAUGUGGGUCCUUUGACUGCUCGUCAAUAUCAAUUGGCAAUUGAACGUUACGAAUGGAACAAAUUACAGUCAUUCAAGUCUAUUGUACCAAUGGUGCACUUAUCCUGGAAUUUAGCCCGAAAUAUCAAAGUGUCGGAUCCCAGGUUAUUCGAAUUAAUUAAAAAUUGCCUCUUAAGGACAAUGAGACAGUGCUGCUUAAUAUUAGAGUUUGUGAAAAGUAAGGGUGUAGAAGUACGGUUUCACGGACGGGGAAAAAAUGAAGCGUCACAUUACUGCGGGCAAUGCGAGAUUGAAGUUUUCAACAUCUUAUUCAUAAGAGAACAAGAAAAACGACAUGUAGUGCAUUGCAUGGACUGCGCACGAAAACAGUCUCCAUCCCUAGAAGGAUUCGUUUGCUUAGAAGAGUACAGAAUGCGCGAUUUAAUGGACGUUUAUGAUGGAUUUACUUUACACAUGUCUCUAACUACUUCCUCCUCUGCUCAGUCUAGCCAGUCCUCCUGAGGUUACAUGCAACACAGAUAUUUGGACUUCUUAGGCACUCUACAGUGACUUUGAUGAUACAAUGUCUGUGUUAGAAACGGAACUUUAACAAUAACCAUUAUUCUGGUACCUGAGAGCUACUAAAAACAGGGGGCAGAUGGCGGGGGGAGUGGAUUUGGAAGUUCCACGCGUUUGAACUGUAAAACGCUGAAGAUAUGUAGUCUGGUUCCAUUACUGGUUCUUAUGGCACGCACAAUGCUUGGUAUAGUCGUUGAAGCAAUUGGAACGUUUUGACAAUUAGUUAGCACUAUUUGUACAGACGAUUUUUAGAUUAAUGGCCCAACAACGCAACAAUAACUGUUCCAGCUCUCGGGUAUAGUGAGGUCGAAACUACAGAAAAAACAAACGAGAGAAGACUGCGUUUUGUUUGUAAAUUACACGAUAAAUACCACGCGUAAUUCAUUAAAUAUAAUGUCAUCGCGCGAAAACCUCGCGAUAAGACAAGCCGAUCCUAUAGGUUAUCAUCGAGCUUUGCCCACGUUUCUUAUCCGUCUCGUGACAUGGCAAGGAGCUACGAAGCGUUUAAUAUGCUUUAACGUAGACAAUUUUCUUCGUUGCUCUUUUCUUCGAUGGCGU